ACAAUGUCAGGAAAAAACAGAAACAAGAAAAGGAACAAAAAACAUCGGCCGACCGCGUCAGCCGUACCGCAGGAUUCGACUGUAAAUACAAGUUUACAGCAAUCCCAGGUCAUUCACAGUCCUGACCAAGCUAUAGCUUCUGCAAGCCAUGUCAGCAUUACAGCUUUGCCAGUUGACACAUUAUCUCUCACACAAUCUGGAACUUUGUCAUGUGGAAAUGUGUCAUCCGAAAUGGACAACAUCUCAAAAUUUAGCUGUUCAAUUAAGAAAGGAAAGAAGAAAAAAUCUUCCAUGACAAACAGAGCCAGCAAUGUGUCUUCUGACGACGUUCACCGUCAGCCAUCACCAAACGAUGGAGAUCUAUUGGCUUCCAUAAACUCAGAAUCUUUCACUGAAGCCGUGACACUACUUACAUCAGAGAACUCUUUCACACGGGAGGGUCUCAACCAAGCUCUGAUCUCUGCCUGCAGACAAGGACAUAAACUACUGGUUCAGACUCUUGUCCGGGCUGGAGCAAACAUUGAGGACCAAGAUGAGCAUGGAAACACACCAUUGUUAAUUUGUGCUGAAAAUGGCUUCACAGACAUUAUCCGGUUUCUCGUGUCAAAACAAGCAAACGUCAACGCUGUGAAUUCUGUAGGUAACACAGCCUUGAUUCUCUCGGUACGUCCA